AAACCGCCAGCGCCGCACCGCCAAAAAACCCAUGUAAGUAUAACCCGAAAUCAACAAUGUGGAACUCGUCGGUUUCCAUUAAUUAACUAUAAAUACGUAACGCCUUCUCUGCCUUUCUCUCCUUCUCCAAGUUUUCACUUCUUAUUCAAACUCUUCUCCAAGUUUCUUCAUUCAUUCAUUUUUCAUUACCUUUUCCUCGCGCUUUUGAUUUUCCAAUCAAAUUUACAGGUUCUUAUUUUAAAUUUAUGUUUUCGUUAGAGAUGUAUAGCUUACAGGUUUCUUGCUUUUGAAUUUCUCCUCUCCUUACAUCUUUCGUUUUUUGUUUUCAAAUUCGUCGAUUUUUCUCUGUAGAUAUUUGUUCUUAUUUCUGUAAUUAAAUUAUAAAAUCUCUUUUGGUUUUUAAUCUCUUCCUAGUUCAAAAUGGAAUUUACACGUGAUAUUAGCGUUUUAGCUUCUAACAGCCUAACAAAACACACAUUAGAUAGUCAGUUAAACCAACAAACAUAUACAAGGAAUUCAGGUUUAGAUACUACACAUGAUGAUGACGAUGAUUCAGUAAUGUCUGAUUGUGAAAGUGCCAAUUCUGGUUCCGCUUUUGAUCCGCAUCCAUCACUGGGUGAGGGGUUGAUUAGUUUGCAUGAAGGAGACAAAGUUUAUGAUCUUAUAAAACGAAGAUUGAUUUCGGGUUUGGGUGUGCUUGGGACACGAGCUGAGAUAGUGGGCAUUCAAAGAAACUCGUUCCCUGGUAUUAUAGGACAAGCUAGAGUCCAAUCUUUUCAGAUUUUUGCCAAAGCGUUGGCUAGAAAAUGUGGGGGUGAUGCAAAUGUGAAAUAUGCUUGGUAUUCUAGUACAAAAUAUGAGAUUUGCAAGAUUAUACAGCAUGGUUUUGGCUGUUGUGGGAAGCCUGAUAACAAUGGAUUGUAUGGUUGCGGCAUCUAUCUCUGUCCUGAUGAUUCACCCAUGGAAUGUGUGAAGAACUCUCUUGUAGAUAAAGAUGGGCUACGAUAUAUGUUGUUGUGCCGCGUUAUGUUGGGCAAGGUAGAGGUUGUGCGUCCUGGUUCUGAUCAGUCUCAUCCGAGUUCAACGGAGUUUGAUUCUGGUGCAGACAACUUAAAGGUGCCAAGGAGUAUAUUGUGUGGAGCAGAACAUGAACACUCAUAUCUGCCAGAGUACAUCAUAAGUUUAAAGGCUCCCUCUUCCUUGAAGGGUUUUGGGAGAGCUCAGGAAUUAUUGAGAAUGCCAACUUCACCGUGGCUGCCAUUUCCAAUUCUCAUUUCUGCACUGUCGAAGUUUUUACCUUCGCCCACUAUUGCUUUGAUCAGCAAAUACCAUAGAGAUCAUAGAGAAAAUAAGAUAUCACGGCGUGAACUCAUUCAACGAGUGAGACAAAUUGCUGGAGAUCAGUUGUUGAUUGCGGUCAUCAAAUCUUAUCAGGCUAAGUUUAAUUCGUCAAUUCAUUUAAAUUUUGGCCUCUUUGACUACCAAAGUUGUGUUAGUUUAUCUUGACAAAGAAUCAUGUGCUUCUUUUCUCCAGAAACUCUGAAUACCGGCUGGAGUUGUACGAACACUGGCUAAGUGGAACCGGGAACUUUUGUACUGAAAUAAUCAGACUGCUGGCAUUUAGACAAAUCACCAUUGAGAUCAGGAAGAAGGAACGGGAAACUGACAUGUGGAU